UGGAGCUUGGGCCGCCGCGCACGCUUUCCCCUCAGUCUCGACUCCUGGGCUGAGUUCGCCCGCGCGCGCGCGCGCGCGCGCACCCACGCGCCUGCCCGCCUCUCCGUCGACGGCGUCGCAGACGCCCGCGCCCGCCCGGGGACUGCGCCCCGAGUCUCGGGCGGGCGCGCGCGCUUCCCCCCGGCCGGCGGGACCCGGACGGCCCUCGCCCCUUCCCCUCUUCUCCCUUCCCCCCAACCCCCGGCGGCGCGCGCACACGGCGGCCCGGGCACGCGCCCGCCAAGAUGGCAGGGGCCGGGGCCCGGCUGUCAGGCGCCGCCGCCUCAGCCCAUCCCCGCAGCUAGCGGCCCGGACGCCCGCCCGGAGAAGAUGAGCCCCCGCUGCCCCCCGCAGCCCAGCGAGACGCGGAGCCGCCGCGCCCGGGGCCGGCUGCCCCGCUAACGCCCCGCGCCCCGCGCCGCGCCCCCCGGCCCGCGCGCCCGCCCGCCCCGGCAGCGACAAUGAGUGAACAGAGUAUCUGCCAAGCCCGGGCUUCCGUGAUGGUCUACGAUGACACCAGUAAGAAAUGGGUACCAAUCAAGCCUGGCCAGCAGGGCUUCAGCCGGAUCAACAUCUACCACAACACUGCCAGCAACACCUUCAGAGUCGUCGGAGUCAAGCUUCAGGAUCAGCAGGUUGUGAUCAAUUAUUCAAUCGUGAAAGGGCUGAAGUACAAUCAGGCAACGCCAACCUUCCACCAGUGGCGAGAUGCCCGCCAGGUCUACGGUUUAAACUUCGCAAGUAAGGAAGAGGCGACCACGUUCUCCAACGCCAUGCUGUUUGCCCUGAACAUCAUGAAUUCCCAGGAAGGCGGCCCCUCCAGCCAGCGUCAGGUGCAGAAUGGCCCCUCUCCCGAUGAGAUGGACAUCCAGAGAAGACAAGUGAUGGAGCAGCAGCACCAACAGCGCCAGGAGUCUCUCGAGAGAAGAACCUCGGCCACAGGACCCAGCCUCCCACCGGGGCACCCCUCCUCUGCAGCCAGCGCCCCUCUCUCGUGUAGCGGCCCUCCACCCCCACCCCCACCCCCUGUCCCACCGCCACCCACGGGGGCCACCCCCCCACCCCCACCCCCACUGCCGGCCGGAGGAGCCCAGGGCACCAGCCACGACGAGAGCUCCGUGUCCGGCCUGGCCGCCGCCCUGGCUGGAGCCAAGCUGAGACGGGUCCAGCGGCCAGAAGAUGCGUCUGGAGGCUCCAGUCCCAGCGGGCCCUCGAAGUCUGAUGCCAACCGGGCCAGCAGUGGGGGUGGCGGAGGAGGCCUCAUGGAAGAGAUGAACAAGCUGCUGGCCAAGAGGAGAAAAGCAGCCUCCCAGACAGACAAGCCGGCUGACAAGAAGGAAGACGAAAGCCAAACAGAAGAGCCCAGCACCUCUCCAUCUCCAGGGACCCGAGCAGCCAGCCAGCAGCCUCCCAACUCCUCAGAGGCCAGCCGGAAGCCCUGGGAGCGGAGCGGCUCAGCGGAGAAGCCCGUGUCCUCCUCGCUGUCCAGAACCCCAUCUGUGGCCAAGAGCCCCGAAGCUAAGAGCCCCCUGCAGUCGCAGCCUCACUCUAGGAUGAAGCCGGCAGGGAGUGUCAACGACGUGGCCCUGGAUGCCUUAGACUUGGACCGGAUGAAACAGGAGAUCCUCGAGGAGGUGGUCCGGGAGCUUCACAAGGUGAAGGAGGAGAUCAUCGACGCCAUCAGGCAGGAGCUGAGCGGGAUCAGCACCUCGUAGGCCAGAACCCCCGAUGCCGCCCAUGACCCGGGCCACCUGACGGCGGGGACCCCACAGAGCCCAGCGCCCAGGCCUCCGGCACACUCAGCCCGCGCUGAAGCCAGGACAUGCUUCGUUUAAGUCUUAACCUGUGAUAAAUAUUAAAAUGAGGAGAAAGGUUCAGUUCCUGGAUUUUUUAGAUCCAACCUGACAGAACGCCAGGCCUGCCGCCUUUUUUUGUAUUUUAUAUCUACCUAUUUAAGUGUACGUUUCUUUGGGUUCAUAGAGAAGACACCCCAAGUCACGCGCCUCGUUAGAAGGUCUCAAGUUUUCUCCUAGGUGCCCUCGGGAGCGGCAGCCGCUUCCACACGGCUCCUCCCCGCAUCCCAGCGGUGAGGGUCUGUCCACACACCAAGCCGUCUGUGUCCACGUGGUAAUAAACGCUUACUGUCCACA